AUGGUGCCGUAUUACACUACUAGAGUACAGUACUUUGUUUACCCCUUAGAUUUCAACUGCUAUUGUCCACCCGAUAACUUGAGAGGCAUACUUGACUAUUUCGUUGAAUAUUUUGAGACAUUCAACAUUUUUGACAGACAAAGCAUCGAUUUCCAAGUGAAAGUGUACGAAAGAGCAGGUGUGGGAAAUGAAUCCUGUGUACCUCGUUCAGUUCACGAGAUUCCAUUUAAUGGUUCUUUGAGCGGUGCUCGGGAAGAGAUUGAAGAAGUUCUCUUUACAGCUGUAAGAGAUCUUCUCUCCAAACACAAAAUAGAUCCUAAAAGCAUUGAUAUUCAGGUAUCAAAUUGUAGCAUUUUCUGUCCCACUCCGUCCAUUACAGCCAUGGUGAUAAACAAGUUCAGGUUUCGAAGCGACAUAAAGAGCUUCACCCAUAGUGGAGUGGGCUGCAGCGCUGGGAUCUUGUCAAUAGGUUUAGUGAAAGAUCUCCUCAAAGUUCACAAGAACUCUCUGGCUCUGGUGCUCAGAAUGGAAGCUAUAACACCCAGUUUUUAUACGGGUAAAAGUAAAUCCAUGCUGGUAACCAACACUUUAUUUGCAUUCGGAAGCGGCUUUAAGACUAACAGUGCAGUCUGGAAAUGCAUUUCAGAACUUGAUCACAAGGAAACAAACGCAUGGUCUGAUAGAAUUCAUCGGCAUCCUGUGGAUAUUCCAAGUGUUUUAGACCAUUGA